CAAUCAAUUACAACAAGCUACAAAACGUUAGAUAAGUUGUGCCUAUAAUCUGUUAGAUAUGAAUAACAUUUUGCUCUUGCAGGAAAAGGACAGUUCUAUAUGAGUUUUAUAACAGUUAGCUUUAGUAUUGAGCAUGAAACGUUUAUCUAUUAUUAUUAAACACGGACGAGCAACCAGUUAUCUGUUUCAUUAACAGAGUGAGUUCACAAUUAAAGGGAAAACACGUGUGUUACUGAAUAGAGAUCAUAAUGAACAAGUAAAAAGAAGUAAGAAUUGGAAUAUACAAUUAACAAUUGAUAUCCUGAUAUACAAUUGAAUAAUGGAAAACACCACUCUGUUUGAGAACUUAACGUCACUUGACUUCUUGUCAAACAGUUCCGAAAUAGCACGGCCUUCUACCACAGAAAUUCUUCUAAGAUUUGAGCCUUACAGUGUAUAUAUAGACAGAAUUGUAUCUCCGAUAUGGUACAUUAUAGGUCUUUUCGGAAAUCCGAUAUCUGCGAAAGUAUGGCUUGGAAGAAAGAGUCGCAAAAAUUCAUCAGCUAUAUAUCUUGGAUUACUUGCUAUUGUACACAUGUUUCAACUUAUUAUUCAUUUUGUAUUUGUGGAGUUAACAUACACGUGGGACAUACCAACAAAUAACAAACCGGUAUUAUGUGAAACUUUGAACGUUUUAUCUAUUAUUCCACAGUAUUUGGCGCCGUUACUGGUGUUAGGCUUUACCGUUGAACGUUAUAUUGCUGUUUGUCAUCCGUUUAAGAAGGAAACAUUUUGUACCGUCCGAAGAGCUAUUAUUGUCAUAGCAUGCUUGACCGUGUUAUCGGUUGGCUUUGCUUGUGUCCAAGCUGAUUUGUGGACAUAUUAUCCAAUAUAUAAGGAGUGUUUUUCAAAAGAUGGAAACCAAAAGUUUCAAACAAUCUGGACAGCUAGUACAGAAAUUAUGUUUUUCUUAGUUGUCCCCCUUUGUGUCUUGAUGUUUAAUAUUCUAGUUAUUAGGGAAAUAAAGAGGAUAACUUCACAUGGACCCGCUGUUUCUGCUGGUGGAAGUCAGACGUCGACUGUAACACUCCUUUCAGUGUCAUUUUACUUUAUUUGUACUCUGUUACCGGCGUCUGUAGUAUAUGCCAUUCAAAACGAAAUGCCAACUGGGAAAAUAGAAAACUUGCAAAGCUUAGAACGGAUUGAGUCUGAUCCAGUUUGGCUGAGUUUUUUCACGUAUAUCGCAAUCAGAAAAGUUGUGGAGGAAAUAUGUUUAUCAAACAGUGCAUGUUAUUUCUUUAUUUAUUAUAUCACUGGGAAGUACUAUCGCCAACAAGUAAAUUCCUUUUUGAUGAUUGAUAAGUGCUGCAGAAAAUUUUCUGAUAAGGACUCCACAUUGUCUAGUGAAAAAACAAAGUACAGCCUCGUAUCAACUAACGGUAAUGGGAUGCAUGCUACCCAAAUAUAGAUCCAGUAUUUAGCUUAUAGAAGCUGCACGUUGUUUUUAACAUGUCCGAUAGGUUUGGAUGGAAAUUGGAUACGCGUCAUCAUAAUUUAUUUAGGAUGUUGAAAUUAAAUAUACAUUUUCAUUACUCCAUUUGAAAAUUUUCUGAUUAUAUCCCUUGUACAGGCUCAUACAAUUAUUUUUUUCAGAAUGCACUACAUAAAAUAGCUUUCUUUUCUAGAUAUUCUAGUUGAGAUGUAUAUAAGUUCUAGCUUAGUGUAUCUACAUACAUAAUCGUACGACAUGUAUCACAAGCAAAAUCUUUUUGAAGCGAGCAGUGUUUGUUCAACAUUAAAAUAUUAAAUGUAUUUUUAAAUGUG